AUGAGCAGCGCGCUGCCCUCUGUCACGACUGCGCCUACGGGUGCGCCUUCUACCUGGCGGAAGCGGGCGAAGACGCAGACGCAGAAGACGCACAACUCGCUCGGGUCGUGGCUCUGGAGCAAAUUCGGCAGCGGACACAAGUGCAAGACCAAGUUGCUACGGGACCACCACGACGACGAGACGACGACGACGACGACCGUGACUGCCAGUGUACGACGACGACCGGUGGGUACAUUAAGUGCCGUGACCAAUCAGCAGCAGGCAAAUGCGGCCCGACGAGAGGAAAUGGGACAGCAGACGUCCAAGCUGAGACGGCAGCAGAGUUUCUUACGGCAGCAGCUGCUCGAGAUGAAGCAGCAGUCGGCAGAGACGUUGGCGCGGGCUCAGAAGCGGAUCAAUGGCGAGAUGAGGGACUCGGACGAUGAAGAAGAAGGAGACGAUCUUGAUCCUGCAAGAUCUCGGAGCUCGUCGUGUCGACGGUCGAGUACGUCGUCACGACGUCGGAGCCUCGUGGAGGAGCAGCAGGAGCGGGAAGAUGAGUUUAUGGCUCAUGAAGUACAGCGAGACGAGUACUCGGAAGAGGCGGAUCGACGCAUGAGUCAAGCGACGCAGCUUUAUGCUGAAGCGAUUAGUGCGUUGGACUUUGCUUUGCGUCCAGGACGCAAACGCCAUCAUAGCGACCCAUCGCCCAAGCCGCUACUGUUGGGAGUGAAGCGAGGAAGUCCGAAUAUGCCCAAGAACGCGUACGACGUGAUUGUGAACCUGGCGAACGAAGACAGGGUGGGAAAUGAUCGCGACGGCGAGAAGCGAGACGCGCUACGGCUACCGAUAGUGCGUGACUAG